AUGGAAGAACCUAAAUGUGACAUUUUAUAUGAACAUAUGAAUUGUGAAAAAAAAAUUAAAUUAAUAAAUAUAGCAAAGGAAAUAUAUAAUAGUAUAAAUAAUAAUAAAAUAAAUUCUUGGAGAAGUGCAACAAUAGCUUUAAGAGAUAAAAUAAAAGAUAUUUUUGAUUUUAAUGAAAAAGGGUGGCACAUUAUUAUAGGAUAUAAGUUUGGCUUUUUUUGUACUCAUGAAAUAUAUAAUGCUUUGCAUUUUAAAUUAGAUCAUAUAGAGUUUUUAAUAUUUAAACAUGGAUAA